GCAGUCAUGUCUGGACGCGGUAAAGGCGGCAAGGGGCUCGGCAAGGGCGGCGCCAAGCGCCACCGCAAGGUGCUGCGCGACAACAUCCAGGGCAUCACCAAGCCCGCCAUCCGGCGCCUGGCCCGGCGUGGCGGCGUCAAGCGCAUCUCGGGGCUCAUCUACGAGGAGACCCGCGGGGUGCUCAAGGUGUUCCUGGAGAACGUGAUCCGGGACGCCGUCACCUACACGGAGCACGCCAAGCGGAAGACGGUCACGGCCAUGGACGUGGUGUACGCCCUCAAGCGCCAGGGCCGCACCCUCUACGGUUUCGGGGGCUGAGCGUCCCUUAGUUGCCACUCCAGUUUUUCCACCAAAGGCCCUUUUCAGGGCC